UACGGGUAUCCCUAUCAUCAAAUAAAUCCAGUUUGAAUUGUUCAUUUUGUUAUCUCCUGCGGAAUUUCCUGCUUCCCAUAGCUAAGGAAACAGCAAGAUCAUCAUGUGAAAGUGAAAGUAUGAGACCGUAGCGCUGGUUGUAGUAUAUAAGAUCACGUUGAAUGUGGGUCAUAAUUUCCGUUGACAUUAAUUGAACGAACAUAAAUAAAAUGCGUUUCUGGAUUAUAUACCAUAUGUGAACACAAAAAUAACCACUUGCGGACAUUUAUGAACUUUCGAAACAUCGGAAUUAUUAUAAUUGGGAAGAAACAAAAGAAGAAAACUUGGUAUUGGUAUGUCCGAUUUAUGAUGACACGUAUUUACGUACACGUUUUAUGGAAUUCACUUGAAGUGAUCGUUGUUUGAUUUCUCGAAUCUGUCGUAUUGAAGUCUUUAGAAGUUCCGAAGCUUCAACAAAGGAUUCUCCAUCUCAGAGGCUAUACAGGAUUUAGCACACCAUUGAUCUAUCGAAGCCCGCCAUCUGACGCCAAAGUUUUGACAAUUGUAUCAGGAUACAUCAUGUCGGGACUGUGUGGAGGGAAAAUGUUUAUCUCGACAUUAUUUCUUGUCGCUGUCACAAUGUACAGUGUUAGUGGACAAGAAACUAAGAUAAUUAUCUGUGAGAGGACGACGGGUGAAAUCAAUUGCGAAGAGGGCCUGAUCAACAUUGCUACCGCUGUCUACGGACGAAGUGACACCACAACCUGUCCUAACCCACAAGUAUCAGACACGUCUUGUGCAUCAGACGUAGUGGCUGUUAUCGGUUCAAAAUGUAACGGCCGAUCACAAUGCAGCAUUACUGCAACGAAUGACCUUGCUGGUGAUCCGUGCAUUGGAACAUAUAAGUACCUUGAGGUAGCCUACACGUGCGAAGGAGGUCAGGCUACAGUUGGUCCAUGUGAAGGCUGUUAUACCAAUGCUUGUAAGAUGAGCUGCGGAAAGAACCUAACUGCUGAAGAGAUUCUUGAGAUCUUAAGAAACGUAGAAAUCACUUUAGAUAACGCAGCAAAUGUCGCUGAAGAGUUGGAAAACGUCACAAGCAUGGGCCAGAACAUCUCUCUAGAGGGGCUCAAUGUAGUUGCAGAACUUCUUGAGGAUAUAAAUGAAAUAAAUUCUACAGAAACAAAGGUGGCGAAAUCUAUGGUAGGAAUUGUAAAUAACAUCGCAGCCUUACCUGACGAACAGCUUGGUAUGGCCGAGGAAGAGAAUAGCUCGCCCAGCCGUGUAGUCUUGGCUCUCGAAGCACAGCUUGCUGUCAUAGAAGUGGGAAAUGGAAGUAGUCGGUUUGUGGAAACCAAUGUUGCUGCUGAGGUACUUGAUGUGACCCCCGAGGACAUCAGCCAAGGUUAUACUGUCUUCAUGGCUGUAACUGAUGACGGUGAGAGCAUCUCUGACGAAGACUUCAAGGUGGAAAGAGGUGACCUAACGCAAGAGCCAGAAGCCACCCAGGCACAGGCUACACUCUUUAUUCCAUCGGGUUUAGCGGACAGGUUCUCUGGACGCAGAGGGCGUCUCGUCAUCACGACGUAUCGCGUGCCAUCUAUGUUCCAGGAUACGGGGAUUGCGCAGUUCAACCAAGAUGUAGAAGAGAACAAUGGACCCUUGAAUUCUAGGAUCAUAUCGGCGUCUUUCAAUAACGAAAAGGUGGAGGAUUUGAGCGAACCAGUCAGGAUAUCGUUCACUCCUCUAAAUCCAAAUGGGACCAAUGCUCAGUGUGUAUUCUGGGACUUUGACGACAAAGCCUGGUCUCAACGUGGAUGUAACAAGACGAGUAAUGACACCAGUGACAGGAUCGAAUGCGAGUGUAAUCAUCUGACUAACUUCGGAAUUCUCUUGGAUAUCUAUGGAGGAGAACAAUUAUCAGGUGAAGCAGAUUUCAUCCUCGAGAUCGUUAGCUAUGUUGGUUGCCUGAUUUCAAUAUUGGGCCUUGUUAUGACAAUCUUUACAUUUGCCACAAACAAAAAGCUUCGAGACCGGAAACCCAACCAGAUUCUCCUAUCCCUCUGCUGUGCCUUACUAGGACUCUAUGUGGUAUUUAUAGUCAUGAUAUCAGUGGACACUAAACGGGAUGUGACUGAGCUCUCCCCUCUCCCUUGCUCGAUCCUGGCUGCAUUCCUCCAAUAUUUCAUCCUGGCAGCUAUUUUCUGGAUGGCCGUUGAGGGCUACAACAUGCAUAAUCUCCUCGUACUGGUCCACCAUUACUAUUUGCCACGGUCUAUGAAGAAAGCUUCGUUGAUCGCAUGGGGUUGCCCUUUGUUAAUAGUCGGGAUUACUGCGGGUGCUUCAAGACAACACUACGCACAGACAGAUUUUUGCUUCCUUGCAUUUUGGCCUGUGAUCAGUGGGCUCCUGAUACCUAUUGGUGUCGUCAUGAUCUUCAACUUUGUCAUCUAUGUUCGGGUCCUCAUGCGACUAAACAAAACUAUGAAAGGACAACACCUGGACAAGACGGAGAAGCGCCAGCGGAUUCGACGUUUCCAGAACGCAGUUUGCAUCUUGACUCUAAUGGGUCUCACGUGGUCUCUUGGUUACCUGAGCAUCAUACAACCAGCCAGUGCGGUUGUGCAAGGAAUCUUCACUGUACUGAACUCUCUUCAGGGGUUUUUCAUCUUCAUGCUGUAUUGCGUUAGACAGCCUCAGGUGCGCAUGGCAUGGCUUUCCCAGUUCAAAUGCUGCUUACCUAAAUAUUUCACGACGCCCUCUGCGGUCAGUUCCGGUUCUGGACAACCCAGCUCAACGCUCAAGAACAGCUCAUCAGACCUGAAGGACGGCCCUUUCCCAACUCGGACUCCAGCGGAAAUCCGCCCAGAGACAGGAGGCUAG